GGGCUGGCAGCGCGGAGCCCGCACGGGAGGGAGCCGCUCACCUGGGCCGAGCCGGAGCCGGCACCGCCAUGCGGGGGAGGGCGCCGCCCGGGAGCAGCGGGGGCCCGGCCGCCUGAUUCGGGGGAGCCAGCGCGAGAGAGCGGAGCCGGCGGCGCUUCCUUCCCCCCCAUGGCAGCGACAGGCGGCUGCGGGUGAGGCGGGGGCCGCGGCUCGGGUCUCGGAGGGAGCGGCCGGCCGGCCGGCAGGGCCGGGCAUGGCGGGGGUCAGCUACUCGCCGCCCUGGUGGGUGAGUCUCCUGCACCGCCUGCCGCACUUCAGCCUGCGCUGGGAGGCCGCCAGCGCCGACUUCCGCCCGGAGGACGCCGAGUACCAGCAGGCCUUGUUGCUGUUCGGUGGUGUUGCCCUGUCCUGCCUUGCUCUGGAUCUCCUCUUCCUCCUCUUCUACUCAUUCUGGCUGUGCUGCCGCCAUCGAAAAAGUGAAGAGCACUUAAAUGCAGAUUGCUGCUGCACUGCUUGGUGUGUUAUCAUAGCCACCCUUGUCUGCAGCGCUGGCAUCGCUGUUGGCUUCUAUGGAAAUGGGGAGACCAGUGACGGCAUCCACCGGCUGACAUACUCACUGCGACAUGCAAACCGCACGGUGGCUGGGGUCCAAGACCGGGUGUUGGACACUGCAGUGGCCCUGAACCAAACUAUGGAGCCGAACCUGCUGAUCCUUGAGGAGAUGUUCAUGAAACAGACUGAUUACCUGCACGUCAUCCAGAAACUCCAGGGCCUCUUGGAUGAUUUGGUCAGGCAAACAACAGAGAUUCCUUUCUGGAAGAAUGAGGAACUGUCAUUAGAGGAACUGGCUGUUCAGAUUGAUCUAUAUGACUGGUACAGGUGGCUGGGAUACCUGGGCCUACUUCUAUUCCAUGUGCUGAUCUGUUUGCUGGUGCUCUUUGGACUAAUUAGAAAUUCCAAGGCCAUUCUCAUUGGGGUAUGUCUUCUAGGGGUGCUUGCUCUAAUUGUCAGUUGGGGAUCCUUGGGUCUGGAGCUGGCUGUUGCAGUGGGCUCCAGUGACUUCUGUGUUAACCCUGAUGCCUACAUCUCUAAAGUGGUGGAGGAUUAUGCAGUGCUCAGUACUGAUACUCUACGCUAUUACCUUGCCUGUAAUGCUGGAUAUCCAAACCCCUUUCAGCAGAAGCUGUCAGGAAGUCACAAAGCCCUGGUGGAGAUGCAGGAUGAUGUGUUGGAGCUGCUCAGGUCAGCCGUCAGAGAGUACCCCACCUCCAAGGAGUACCUUACUCGGAUACAGGAGGUUCUAAACUCCACCGAGAUCAAUUUGCAGCACCUGACUGCACUGGUAGACUGUCGUAGUCUUCAUUUGGAUUAUGUCCAGGCUCUGACAGGCUUCUGCUACGAUGGAGUGGAAGGGCUCAUUUACCUGGUUCUCUUCUCCUUUGUCACGGCUCUCAUGUUCAGUUCCAUUGUGUGCAGCGUCCCACACACUUGGCAGCAAAAAAGGAGCUCGGAUGAUGAUGGGGAGGAGGAAUCUACUGCUCAAGGGAACAGACAAACCCACGAUAAUCUGUACAGGGUGCACAUGCCCAGCCUCUAUAGCUGUGGGAGUAGCUAUGGCAGUGAGACCAGCAUUCCAGCGGCCGCGCACACAGUCAGCAAUGCUCCUGUCACGGAGUACAUGAGCCAGAAUGCAAACUUCCAGAACCCCCGCUGUGAGAACACGCCUCUGAUUGGCCGGGAGUCUCCACCUCCCUCAUUGUAUUUGGCUGCCAUGGACAGUAGCAGCCAUAUGAGCUGGCAGUUUAAGCCCUCGGACAGUGCACGGACGUACUGGUAACCGCGCCCUCAAAUGGAACAGUACACCUCCAGCAUGAGAGCCAAAUACCUCGCUACCAACCAACCUCGCCCAGACUCUGGCAGUGUGCAUUAAAAACAACGCAGACACAGUAAAACUAAACAAACGUGCCAACUGCUGCUACUCUGUGCUGUCCGUGUAGAACAAUCCUGCUUUCCUGUCCCAAACCCAGUGCAACUCCUGCUUCUCCAAUACAGACCCACCCCUCCAACCUGGUACCUGUACAUUGGCAAUCUGAAUGGAAGCCCCUUUCAAAUUAAACCUAUACCUAGUUGUACCUGGAGAGAGCGAGCAAGCACCUGCGCGAGAUCACCAGUUUGUCUGGGAUUCACCUACUUGGGACCAGCUUUGUCAACAGUCUAUCAGGAAACAUUUGCAAAUAUUUUUACUUCGGUCUCCCCUACCCUCUCCCAUUCCACAGAAGAACUGGAUGGAAAAAUGUUGCAGAUCUUCAGUUCUGUGUGGUGAUCCAGCGGAGCUGCUCAGUCUGUAGGGCACUGAAGAAGCAGAGGCUCUGAGCCCAUGGCUAUACUGUACAGAUCAGGAAAGCCAUGCCAAUGUACACUCUUAAAAUUCCGUGCAGCUAGUCUUCUUGCCCGAUACUUUGUGCGGAGGCCCUCAUCCUGUCACUGAAUACCUACUUUUAGCUGGGAGUCUGACCUGGGCUCCACUCUCUCCUCCGGUGACUUUAAAUAAGCUUUUUCUUUCCUCUUUAUAACCAGCUUUUGAAUUCUUGAGGAGUAGGCGGUUUUCAGCACCAGCCAGCUGUCUCAGAUGCACCCCAGCCUGCCCAUUGCGGUGAGCCUGACCUUUCUGCUCCAUCAGGGAAGCCCCUGUACUCACAGAUGGCAUUCUGGGCGCUGCUUUUGUGAGACUGGGUGCACACAGAACACACAGGAGCCAGCAAUUCACUUGGUGCCAAAUUUUUCCAGGAAAAGACUUGUAAGACUUAAGGUUUUUUGCACUAAAUCGUUUCAAAUCUCUAGGGCAAUAGCCUGGCACUAGGUCUCAUGGGACAGUCAACUUGCAAGAGCAAGAGAGAUUAUAAGGUCCAGUGAACAUAUAGCAAAUGCAAGAAGUUACUUGUGACAGAUUGCUGGACUCUUCCAUUAAUGUUUGGAGUAGAAAAGUCAAGUCUCAAGGCAUUGGCUUUAGAGGAGGAUCCCAGGGCCUCAGCCCAAAGCUCGUCAAAGAGCAGCAAGGUUGCAGCCUCCUUGGUUCUGCGCUCCAGAAAACAAAAGUCUUAAAACAUGAAUGUUUGCGGGGGUUGGUUUGUUAGUUUUUCUUUUUUCUGGUCAUAACUGCUAACCACUAACUGCCAUACACAAGGCACGUGUGAAUAAACUCCUAGCACACUGUGCAUGGGCCACGGUGCAAUGGAGUGUGCCUGCAGCGGGCAGCAUCCUACACCAGUUCUGUCCUUUCUGUUGAAGAAUGGUGCUCUACAGGACAUAAACCACUUUUUACUAGAAAAGACUCAACGCGCAGCCGUGCGAUACAUGGAUAUGAACUUUGUACUCAAGGCGGUAAAAGAAUCGUCCUUUUGAAUUUUCCUUUCUGUGCAAGCCGUCUUAACCUAGUUGCUUAGGGAGACUUAAGCAAGAAACAGAAGUAAGUACAAAAUCUCAUAAAUUGGAGGUGGGCCACAGGACAAACGGGGUUCAAAUCUAGCACCACAAUAUCUGGAUUGUAUCAAAGGAGAACUCCUUUCUCAUCUUUUAGUUUGCUCUGUAUAGUGAAUGUCCAUAAUGUGGACCAGUAAGCCUAGCAAUCUGCCUUUGCUCUGGACGAUGAUAUCAGACUUCUCCAGAUCUUGUCCUUUUCCCUUUACUAGGGGUGAGUUAUCGCCACUCUGGGAACAUUUUGCAUAUUCCACAGAUGAUUAACUAGGAUGCCAAUACUUCCUCUAGGGGAAGUUACAUACUCCAAGAAAAGGGAUAUUUUGAGACCUCUCAAGGAGAUAUAGAAGCCACUAAUGGACUAGCCUCCAACUUUUGGAGGAAGGGGGAAGAAAGAAGGAAGGAAAAUAGCACACUGACCAGUUUUUCCGGGAGAGGAGGUCUCAGGGUAAACGCUAGUUAUGUUCCAUCACAGAUCCCUUAAAGCCUGGUGUGAGAGCUGCAUGUGCGUGGUGGGUGGUAUGCAAGCGUGUGGCGCUGCUGGCUAACAAGCCUCUGGACAGUGGGAUGCUCAUAACAGCUGGUAUGAUCAAGUGGGGAAAACUGAAACCACACUUCGUCAUUUUAGAGAGAAACAAAUCCCUGUUUUCCCCUAGUCGAUUGGACUAUUUCCCAUGUUGUCUGUCAGCUAGAGGCUGCCCAGACUCAAAUACUUCAGGCUUUUAGAUUUAGAAGAGCCGCCCCAAAAUCUGCUCCAUGCCUCUCAGUAGCAUGGCCUUAGUCCUGUAAGGUAAGUGUUGGAAGAGCAUAAAGCAGGAAAUAAACUUCAGUCAAACAGGUGCAUCUGUCAGCAGCUUUUGCAGUACAAAUAACACAUGGGUUUUCCCACUGGGCCUUAGGAGAAGUCGGGUGCAGCAUGCCAGAGCCAGCAGUUUCAACGCUGGGAAUAACAAAGAGCCAAUACCUUUCAGUGCAGUAUCCAGGCUGGAAACUGCCUUAGCUUGCUUCCUUCCCAGGCUUAGCUUAAUCGGUUGUACUGUCCAGAACAAAUUGUAACAGGGCUCAAAGGCUAUAGCCAGUUGCUGAUUGGAGAUCUGUGCUCUGUGACUUUAAAGUGUACCAAGGAAGAAUUCUGUGGGACACUGUGCACUCCCAAAUGGCCGAGAACAAGACUGCAGUGUGCUCUGUGUACUGCAUGGUUCCACCCAGGACUUCCUUUACUUGACAUGGAUUUUGCACUUUUGUAAAGAGUCACGGAGCCCUGCUGUCCCACUGCAUGUGAUGCAGGGACCUCUCUAUUUUAACACGUUUCUAUUUAUUUUUUUAUAUGGAUCAUUGGGCAACAGUGUGGCACUUCUAGGGGUUGGUCCAAAUGGAUCUGCUGCAGAGCCAGUAGCAUGUGCUCAUUAGCACGGGUGUGAAGUGAUCGCUGUAGUCUUAAGUGACCAGUCUGGUGUAGUCUGUGUGCAAACCCUGAACGCAUGUGGGCACAGCAUGGCCAAGGAGUAGACAUCUCAAACUUCAAGAUCUCCCAGAAUCUCUCCCCUCCCCCACUCCUCCAUAGGUGAACAGCAGGAGCUUACUGACAAAGAGUAAUCUGUUGUAAGUGGACCUACUGGUUAUGGGAGUCUUAGAUACAGUGAGUAAAACUGGAGUGUCUUUUUUUUUUUUUCCUUCCUCUUCUGUAAUUUGUAUUGCAUUUUAAUGUGUGACAUGUCCAUGCCAGAUCACUCCGAAUGUUUCCCAGAUGACUUCUCAACAGCACACAAUCAUCUCAGAAUCAAGCCAUGUUAUUGCUUAUUAAUACAUGGCUCCAAAAUUCAGGGGAACUGUGAGACUCUGAUCUCCGGGCACCUGGCUGACCGCAAAACAGGAGGCAGCUCUUCUGUGGUUAGAAAGGUGACAGCAGCAAAGACAUUGUUUGUUUGCA